CAUUAACACACGAUCGAUCUCCUUCCCUUUUAUGAACUUCGCCGACCAUCGUCGCUUCAUUCUCGUAUCCAAAUGGGAAAUGGAGUCACCACUCUGAGCCCCUCCUGCUGUACCGGAACCGUCGCCGGAGAAAUCUCCCGCCGAUACGACGUCUCUCUCGUCCACGAUGGACUUGGCCAUUCCUUCUGCUACAUACGUCCUGAUGUCACGGGAGUAGUAUCCUUACCUUCUUCUUCGCCGGAGAUUCCUCUCCGAUCAGAACCUCUCCCAGAAACCACUUUCCGAUCGAUCUCCGGCGCUUCGGUCAGCGCGAAUCCGUCGACGGCUCUCUCCGGUUCUACUUCGUCGGACUCCGAUUGUCUGCACAGCUCCGUAUUCGAGAGCUCUGGUAACUUCGCGUCUCUCCCUCUCCAGCCUGUGCCGCGUGGCUCCACGUGUCAGUCAGGUCCGAUUGUUAACGACUCGGGUCGCGAGUCAGCUACGUUUGAGAGGCGGUUCUUAUCGGGUCCGAUCGAAAGCGGGUUGUAUUCGGGUCCGAUGGAGUCGAUGAAGAAGACGGAGAAAGAGAAACCGUCGAAGAAGAAGUUCAGAAGAAAAGAAAAACCUAAACCGAAGAAAAAGAAGAACUUUCUCACAUUCAAAGCUUUGUUCACUAAUCUAAUCUCAAACAAUAAACCUAACUCGAAGAAGAGUGUGAUCGAACCGAUCAACGGUUCUGUAUCACCAGACUCCGAUCAUCAUCAUCAUCAACAUCAACCUGAGAUUAUUCAACAGAAACUUGAUGACAAGCGAGAAGCUAAAGAAGAGGGAGGAGAAGGAGAAGAGGAACAGAGCGUUGGCUCUGUUUUGGAUGUUCAAUGGGCUCAGGGGAAAGCAGGGGAAGAUCGCGUACACGUUGUCGUGUCCGAAGAAAACGGAUGGGUUUUUGUCGGAAUCUACGAUGGAUUCAGCGGUCCGGACGCGCCGGAUUAUCUACUCAACAAUCUAUACACCGCCGUGCAAAAGGAGCUCAACGGGUUACUCUGUAACGACGAGAAGCUCAAAACUUUAGUAGAAAACGGCCACACCCAGAUCGGGAAACGCUCCGACGAGGAAAAUUCCGAUUCGGGGAAAGAGAAUUUCCCAGUGAAGACGAACAUUGACGCGGUUGCUUCCGGCGCAAGAAACCAAGAGAAGAGUGUGAAAUGGAGAUGUGAGUGGGAGAAUAACGAUACCAAUAAGUCUGACAGCGACUCCGAUCAGAAAGGGUCAAAUUCGACGACAACAAACCAUGGAGAUGUACUCAAAGCUCUUGUAACAGCUUUGAGGAAAACUGAAGAUGCGUAUCUUGAGCUAGCUGAUACGAUGGUUGAAGAGAAUCCGGAACUAGCGUUGAUGGGAUCAUGCGUUCUCGUGACGUUGAUGAAAGGAGAAGAUGUUUAUGUGAUGAAUGUCGGAGAUAGUCGAGCCGUUUUAGCGAGGAAACCUAAUGUGGGGGUUGGAAGCAGGAGGCAAAAGGAGCUGGAGAGGAUCAUGGAAGUUAGAGAAAUGUUUGUGAAUGGAGCAACAAUGCGUAAUAGUUUGGUUCCUUUACAGCUUAACAAGGAACAUAGCACACGCAUUGAAGAGGAAGUGAGAAGAAUCAAGAAGGAACAUCCUGAAGAUGAUGGUGCAAUAGAAAAUGAUAGAGUCAAAGGUUAUCUUAAGGUUACUCGUGCAUUUGGAGCUGGAUUUCUCAAACAGCCUAAAUGGAACGAUGCACUUUUAGAGAUGUUCAGGAUCGACUACAUUGGGACAUCACCAUACAUCACAUGCUCUCCAUCUCUAUGUCAUCACAAGCUAACGUCACGUGACAAAUUCUUGAUCCUCUCUUCUGAUGGGUUGUAUGAAUAUUUCUCUAACCAAGAAGCCAUUUUCGAGGUUGAAUCAUUCAUCUCUACUUUUCCUGAAGGCGAUCCAGCUCAACACUUGAUCCAGGAGGUCCUCCUACGUGCUGCCAACAAAUAUGGUAUGGAUUUCCAUGAACUGUUGGAAAUACCACAAGGAGAUCGGCGGAGGUAUCAUGAUGAUAUCUCUGUGAUUGUUAUCUCACUUGAAGGAAGAAUAUGGAGAUCGUCCAUGUGAAUAUUGUUUAUUGUUUUUUCAUGAAUAUUUGAAUGUUUUGAAGAACUAAUUUCAAUAACUCGGUUUGUUUUUUUGCUUUCCGAUUUGAAUUUUUUUCUCACAAUAUUUUUUCAUAUGAUGUAUCUACUUUUACCUAAAUAGUUUAGUGGAAAGCACGAACCAAAGUGGCCAUAUUAUGGGUUGCUCCUUGUAAAUCAAAUCUUUUCUCUUCACUUGGUAUCAUA